AUGAACAACCUUAGUGCAGUAUGGGGUGAGCGCAUACGGCGGCUUGUUCACGAAAUGCUCAGAGACGAAAGAGACGUCACGGUUCUGGAGCUGCGACAGGAAAUGGUUUCAGCCUAUCCGGACUUCACGUUCUCGCCCAUGACGCUUUGGAGGCUGCUGAAGGGGCUCGGCUUCUCAUAUAAGAUCCUGAAGGGGCAACGGUAUAUUUUUGAACGGUCAGACAUUGCCCGCAAAAGACCUUUAUACCUGAGAAGGAUCGAAGAAGCCCGAACUAGAGGAGACUGCCUAGUCUUCAUGGACGAGACGACGCACUCCACGAAGCGGGAGAUUGUGGAAUAUCUUGCCUCGUAUGGCGUCGAAGUGGCUAUAAACAGCACGAAAGCUGCUCUCCUGGAGGAGCUUAACCACUUCGUCGCCAGUCGAGGAGGACUUGCAGCUUUGCGCUGUUACGCAGCUGAGAGGAUUUGUGAGGAAAUGGGGGUGAGCUUACUCAGGCUCCCUCCAUUCCACUGCUUUUUUAAUCCAGUGGAGUUGUGCUGGAGCUAUCUCAAGCAGCGUCUCAAUAAAAUUGGAAGACCGACGAAUAGACUGGAAACAUUCCUAACGACUACGAAUACGUCUGAGGAUCGGUUUGAAGAGGAAUUCUGUCAGCUGCUGAUCGAAUCUGAUGAAGAAAGCGAGGGACGUCAGGAUGAAACCGCAGACGAAUCGCAACUACACGACGAUGAUCCUGACUUCGAAACUGAAUCGGAAUCUGGUGAUGAACCUGAAAUAUCCUGGACAACGACGGCAUCAAUCCAUGACCGAUGGACUUUCACAGGGGAACAUGGACCAGCCGCCCAU